UAAUUAUUGUUACAAAUUUGCCACAGAGAUAUUUUCGUUGGCGUAUAUAACCAUAUGCUUUCUUUAUUCAUUCCAUUCAGAGCAUCCUCUUUACUCUUUACUUCUUCCAUAUUUAUCUCUGUGUUCUUUGGACACAGAAUUGAAAACCCUCUGUAUACAGGUAAAUAGUUUCUUUAAUGGCUGGUUGGGUGUUGUCAGAAUGUGGCAUUAAACCCCUCCCUCAAAUUUUUCCAAAGCCCAGAACGAGUUUCUUCUCAAAUUCAAUAAAAAACCACACCCAUCUCCAAAAGGUUCAAUUUUUACAUGCAAACAAGAAGAUUUUGAAUCCCAAAUUCUCUCCAGGGUCAAUUCCAAGGCUUUCGAGAGACAAAAUAUGGGUUUUAAAUGUGAGUGCUCCAUCAAGGAUUGCAUCUUUGGAUGAAUAUGAGAAAGGGGAGAAAAUGGAGACAAUUGAUGGUGUUAACGGGAUUGGGGAAGAAGAAGAAGGAGAAUUUGAUUGUGGGGCACCCCCACCAUUCAAAUUGGCUGAUAUAAGGGCAGCCAUUCCAAAGCACUGUUGGGUUAAGGAUCCAUGGAGAUCUAUGAGCUACGUUGUGAGGGAUGUGGCUAUUGUUUUUGGGUUAGCAGCAGGUGCAGCAUAUUUAAACAAUUGGUUCAUUUGGCCUCUUUAUUGGGCUGCUCAAGGAACAAUGUUUUGGGCAUUCUUUGUUCUUGGCCAUGAUUGUGGCCAUGGGAGCUUUUCGAACAAUCAGAAAUUGAACAGUGUUGUUGGACAUAUCCUGCAUUCUUCAAUUCUUGUGCCCUAUCAUGGAUGGAGAAUUAGCCAUAGAACUCAUCAUCAGAACCAUGGGCAUGUUGAAAAUGAUGAAUCGUGGCAUCCGUUGCCCGAGAAGAUUUACAAGAAUUUGGAUAAAGUUACACAAACAUUGCGAUUCACGGUGCCUUUCCCCAUGCUUGCCUAUCCUUUUUACCUUUGGAAUAGAAGUCCGGGAAAGACUGGUUCCCACUUUGAUCCAAAUAGUGACUUGUUCAUUCCAAACGAGAGGAAAGAUGUGAUCACUUCGACAAUAUGCUGGACGGCAAUGGCUGCUUUGCUCGCGGGUUUGUCCUUUGUUCUUGGUCCAGUUAAACUUUUGCAACUCUAUGGUGUGCCAUAUUGGGGUUUUGUCAUGUGGUUGGAUUUUGUUACCUAUCUUCAUCACCAUGGGCAUGAAGACAAACUUCCCUGGUACCGAGGAAAGGAAUGGAGUUAUCUCAGGGGAGGACUCACGACUCUUGAUCGUGAUUAUGGAUGGAUUAAUAACAUCCACCACGAUAUUGGAACACAUGUGAUACACCAUCUCUUCCCUCAAAUACCACACUAUCAUUUAGUGGAGGCAACAGAGGCAGCUAAACCAGUCCUCGGGGAAUAUUAUCGUGAACCUAAGAAAUCAAGCCCUCUGCCUUUCCAUCUUAUUGGCGAUUUAGUGAAAAGUUUGGAGCAGGAUCACUAUGUUAGUGAUACUGGUGAUGUGGUAUACUACCAAACUGACCCCAACCUUAGCAGCUCUAAUAAAUCUAAGUGAAGCAAUGGAGUGAGAUCACAGUAAAUUUUCGAGCCUGGUUUACAUUGAAUGACCUCUGCAAAUGACUUUAACCAAUAUCCAAUCCAGGAUUUCGACACUACCAUUUUUUGUUGAUUUUGGCUCGACUUACUUUGGUCAGAAAGAGAAUCCCUGCAGUUAAUGAUUAAGGGAUUUCAUUUAUUAUAUUGACAGAUGAAAGUUAAAAUACUGUCAAACUUCAUAUUGUACAAGGAAAAAAUGGUGUCUAUUUAUUCUUCCCUGAAGAGCAACUUGCCUCUUCGGCAAAUAUCCCUUGUAUCAUUGAGACGGCAUCAAGCCAAUAAAAAUGAAGGCGAUAUUUCCACUAAAUUUAAUCUA